AUGCACAGAGCAGAGUUGAACACCUCGCUCUCAGACUUCACUGGCCGUGGUAAUCUGCUGCUUCGCACACAAAGGAAACACGCAGGAGGGAGCAUUGGAAACGCUGUCCCCACUUUUUUCAAAGCUUCGAAGAAGUACAGAGCGGCACACAUGAUUUGGGCCGAGUGGACAGCAAACCUGACGCCUGACCCGCAGCACCUCCAUCACCAGCGACAACUCCCACCACUCACCACGGCAUCGGACUGUGACCUCAGUUGCAAGGGGAUGACCGAGCGCAUUCAUAACAUCAACCUUCAUAACUUUAGUAACUCUGUUCUCGAGACCCUCAAUGAGCAACGUAACCGUGGGCACUUCUGUGACGUGACGGUUCGAAUCCAUGGAAGUAUGCUGCGAGCUCACCGCUGCGUACUGGCCGCUGGGAGCCCAUUCUUUCAAGACAAGCUACUGUUGGGCUACAGCGAUAUUGAGAUCCCGUCGGUGGUCUCCGUACAGUCCGUUCAGAAGCUCAUAGACUUUAUGUACAGUGGGAUCCUGCGCGUGUCUCAGUCUGAGGCAUUGCAGAUCCUCACGGCCGCCAGCAUCCUCCAGAUCAAGACAGUCAUCGAUGAGUGCACACGCAUCGUGUCUCAGAACGUGGGCCUGGCCGGCCCAGGAGGCUUCCCUAUCAUCCCUGACUCGGGACAGGACACCCCUCGAGGCACACCCGAGUCUGGGACCUCUGGACCCAGCAGUGAUGCAGAAUCCAGCUAUAUGCAAACACCAUCACAGCAAAAUGUGGAGCGCACCAUUUCAUCACUGUACAGUUACACCAAUCUGUCCCAGCUGAACGGAAAACAGGAUCGUUCCCACUACAUCAGCUCUCUGUCCAGCUAUGACCCAGCUCUGGGGCCUCACAAAGACCAACAGGCCCAGGACCCGCCCUGGAUGCACCGGCUACAGGAACGCUCCCUUCAGGGGGACCGCUUCUCUGAGUCCACCACCCACUGUCGCAAGCAGUCCAGACCCAUCCGAGUGCAGAUCAAACAGGAGGAUGUGGAUGAGUACGGCUGCUACGAGCCCCUGUCGGAGUGCCAGGAGGACGGUGACCACACGGCCGAGAGCGAGUCCAAAGGAGAGAGCUUUGAUUCUGGGGUGAGCUCCACUCUGAGUAACGAGCCAGAGGCCACAGAGCAGCAGUCGGGCUACAUGACGGGCUUCAGCAGAGAGACCACAGGAGAGUCCCACCACUCUGCUGGCACCUCAGUGCAAAUAGAGGUCAAUGACUCGUCCCCAGAACAGCCCCAGGACAUGGAGGACACAGACACACCCUACAGCACUAGUGACAGUAUAAUGCAACCCCUGCCAAAUUCUGUCAUGUCUCACCCCUUGCCAAGUGCCCCACAGUACACUCACACCAGCAACCCGAGGAUGCAGAUAAAUGUGACCAGCAACGCCCAAUUCAUGGGCGCUGGCAGCACGUUCCUGCCGACUCUCUUCCCCACUCAGUCGCCCAGCAACAACAAGCCUUUCCUGUACCUGCCCGGUCAGCAGCAGUCCCCAUUCAUGGCCGUGCAGCCUCCUAACAUGCCCUCGUUCCCAAACCCUCUCCCCGUCCCUCAGUCGCCCGUGCAGCAGCAGGGGGGCACCGGACUGAGUCAGGGGGAGAAGAAGCCCUAUGAAUGCACUCUGUGCAGUAAGACCUUUACUGCCAAACAGAACUACGUCAAACACAUGUUUGUCCACACUGGUGAGAAGCCCCAUCAGUGCAGCAUCUGUUGGCGCUCGUUUUCCCUGAAGGAUUACUUAAUCAAGCACAUGGUGACACACACGGGGGUGCGCGCCUACCAGUGCAGCAUCUGCAACAAGCGCUUCACCCAGAAGAGCUCGCUCAAUGUGCACAUGCGCCUGCACCGCGGAGAGAAGUCCUACGAGUGCUACAUCUGCAAGAAGAAGUUCUCCCACAAAACGCUCUUGGAGCGUCACAUGGCUCUGCACUGUGCAGGCGGAUCGGUCAUGGGCAUCGGCAUAUCGGACGCUGGCGGGACACCGGGCCCUGUGUCCAUGUCCAUGUUGAAGAACGAGCCAGGGGCGGGUGUGGUAAGCCUGGCUAUGCCCGGAGGAGGGGCAGGCGUGGGCACAGGGGUCAUGAUGAAGCCCGAGCCUGGAGCAGGUGUAGUAGCCCUUGCUAUGCCUGUAGGAGGAGGAGCGGGUGUGGGCGCAGGUGUAGGGAUGGGUGUGGGCGUUGCUGCUGAGGCGAGCUGCCAAGAUGGGACCACCUAUGUGUGCUCCGUGUGCCCUGCCAAGUUUGAGCAAAUUGAAAACUUCAAUGAUCACAUGCGAAAGCAUGUCCCUGAUGGAUAA